AUGAAACAUCACAUGUUACAACAUAUGAACGAUGAACCUCAUAAGUGUCCUGAUUGUGGCAAAAGUUACAGUCUUCGUGGAAAUAUGAAGAAACGUGUAAAAGUGGAUACAGGUGUUACGUCUCACAAGUGUGAAGAGUGUGAGAAAAGUCAACUUACAAAUAUGAAGAGGCAGGAAGAGGUGCACUCUGAUGAUAGAGUUAAUCGGUGCCCCAGCGAGCAACAAGAAGCAGAAUAUGAAGAGGAAUCAAUGCCACAAAAUAUGUUAGUGAAGUUUGAGAUUGAAUCUGAUGAGUUUUCUAGAAGCAACAAGAAGCAGAAAGUGCAAUGA